UAUUUAUUUUAGAAAAAAAGAAACUGAAGUUGUGAGCUUUGAAAUCAAGAUGACCAAGCUCAUGAUACUGGCAGGCUUGUGCCUGGUGAUGUGCCACCUGGCAACUGCCUCCCAGAAGGUGUGCUACUUCACCAACUGGUCCCAGUACAGACCUGGGACUGGGAAAUACAUGCCCCAAAAUGUGGAUCCCUUCCUGUGCACCCAUCUGAUUUAUGCUUUCUCCAUCAUCAACAACAAAAAUGAGUUGGUUACCUAUGAAUGGAAUGAUGAGACCCUCUACAAGACCUUCAAUGGCCUAAAGAACAAGAACCCGGCUCUGAAGACCUUACUUGCUGUUGGUGGAUGGAACUUUGGCUCAGCUCAGUUCUCCAUCAUGGUGUCCUCUUCAGCCAACCGUCAGACAUUCAUCCAGUCUUCAAUCAAAUUCCUGAGGACUCAUGGAUUUGAUGGUCUGAAUCUGGACUGGGAGUAUCCUGGAUCUCGUGGAACCCCAGAGGACAAGAAGAGGUUCAGUCUGCUCUGCAAGGAGCUGGUUGAAGGCUACGCAGCUGAGGCCAAGGCCACCGGCAAGCCUCAGCUCAUGCUGACUGCUGCAGUGUCUGCUGGAAAGGGAACCAUCGAUGCUGGAUAUGAGAUUGCUGAGAUUGCCAAGCAUCUGGACUUCAUCAAUGUGAUGACCUAUGACUUCCAUGGAGCUUGGGAGCGCUUCACUGGACACAACAGCCCACUGUACCGUGGCUCACAGGACAGUGGUGACCUCAUCUACUUCAACACUGACUUUGCCAUGAAAUACUGGAGAGACAAUGGCACCCCAGUGGAGAAGCUGAUGAUGGGAUUCGCUGCUUAUGGUCGUACCUUCCGUCUGACGUCAUCAAACACUGGCAUUGGAGCCCCAGCCAGCGGCGCUGCAUCGGCUGGUCCAUACACACGUGAAGCUGGCUUCUGGUCCUACUAUGAGAUCUGCACCUUCCUGAAGGGCACCACCAUUCAGUGGAUUGAUGAGCAGAAAGUGCCCUAUGCCAGCAAGAACAAUGAGUGGGUAGGGUUUGAUAUCAGGGAGAGCUAUGAGAUCAAGGUCCAGUACAUGAAGGAAAUGAAGUAUGGCGGUGCCUUUGUGUGGGCCUUGGAUCUGGAUGACUUUAAUGGAAGGUUCUGUGGAGCAGGAAGACAUCCUCUGCUGUCCCAUCUGCGCAAACUCAUCAAUGUUGAGAUGCCUCCACUUCCAUCGACCACAACCGAGAAACCCGCUGUAACCACUGCUGCAUCAGCCUCCCCAACAACCCUUAAACCCAGUAGCACCACCAAUGCUUCAUUCACCAAGACCACCAUCCCUAGCCCAGGACACAGCUUCUGCAAAGACAAGCCUGAUGGCAUGUACGCCAACCCGGAUGACAACGGAAGCUUCUAUGUGUGUGCAGGCGGAUGAACAUAUCUGACAAUGUGUGGAGUUGGCACUGUCUUCGAGGACAGCUGCAAGUGCUGUGUGUGGCCCUAA